AGCGAACCCACGAGAUCGUACGUCGGCCAACUGGAACACCGUAGCGGGCGAGAGUCUUCCAGGAAGUCGUCCUUCCACCACCGUCUGCUGAAAGCAUCAUCCACUCGAUCGACGAGACUCGCUCGUAAAUCGCGCACACCAGCACAGGCUAACGUGUUCGAAGAAUCUCGAAGCGAAGCCAGAGUAAAGCGAAAUCCUGAAGAGAGCAGGUCCGACCUCUGGUUCGUGGGAAGACGAAAUUCACUUUCGACGAGUAGUCUGAAUAAACGCGAACCAGCGGACCGGUCGCGAGCCACGAGACUCGGCGAGCGACACGAGGCUCGUCGAUCGAGCGGUUGCGCUGCAGCUGCAACGAUUUCGAGACAGCUGCGACGCGCUUCCGCGGAGGGUGGCGGAGACCGUGGGCAAUCACGAGGGCGCCGAUCGUCCGCGAAGGUGACAGAAGACGGGCGAACGGUUGCGGCGACGGAGCAGACGAAGGAAGAAACGACGAGGCUGGAAACGAAGGAGGUGGAGGGUGAAAGUGUCGGCGACGAGAGUAGUGGUGGUAGUGGUGGUGGUGGUGGUGUUAUCAGCGACGACAGUGGAACUAUCAACGAACACGGCGACUGUAGUAGUGGUCAGAAAAAUAAUAACAGUGCCAACAGCGGCGUUAGUGUCAAUGGUGUUAGUGGAGGUGGUGGUAGUGGUGGUGGAUUGUCGUGCAGGGGUGGCACGUUACGACUUCUAAGGGGACUGGUGGAGGGCCCGAUAGGCAGGGUGGCCGCACGAGUGCACCGUUGGGGAACGACAGGAGGGGUCAAUCCCUCUGCACCCUCAGAACGGGAAUGUCCCGGCGGAGAGGGCACCCCCCGUCGGAACGUCCUCGACGCCACGAAGAAUCGCCGGCUGAUGGGCGCCAACCUCACUAAGCAGAGCAGGGUGAGUCGCUCGAGAGGGGUAGUCGCGUAGGUUGCCGCUUCUUUUGGUUGCCGAUGACACGCGUACUUCAUCUGUAUCUUCUCUCGUCCUUCUUUUUCUUUUCUCUUUUCUUUCCUCCUUCCUUUCUUUCUUUUUUUUUUUCUUUUUUUCUUUUGACAGCAUAAUGGGAGGAAUAUG